CACCUAAGCAGAAACCAGGCCCACAGCAGCCAUGAACACUACCCGAGAACACCACAGGGUAAGGGUCCUACAACGGAGGAGAAGGAGGCAGUGGCAGGUUGUUGGCGUUGGUCCAUUCUCCUCGGCAUCGCCCGAGCGGUUUUGGCCAUGAUCUGGACCAUCGCACACUGCGCCCUGGUGAAGCCCGUGUGCAGAGUAACAAAGUUCGCGUUUCCCAUCUUUGCCGUCUUGGGCCUCUUGGCCCUCGUCGCCGCGUGGGCCAUUAACGUGUCCCUCGGUGGCCUCUACGCUCUCUACGUCUGGGCCUGCGACGACCUGGUUCCCGUUAGAUUCUUCUUGGUUGACUGGUGCGCUGGCAUCAACACGGCGGCCUCUCCUCCUCCUUUCCCAGCGGCUUUGACAACAGUCUUACCUGCCUGGACCCCCCUGACGCCCGCGGAAUUGUUCCUGAUUCAGAAGCCUGACCGCCAUUUCUGUGUCUUUGGCUUCGGCGACCUGCUUGGGGGCAUGGCCGCCGAGCAGCGGAAGUACAUGACGGACAAACAGCGGGAGUUGUUUGCCGUCAUGCGCAGGGCGGGUUCCGUCGUCGGGCGGCUGCAGAAGAUUGGACGGAAACAGGCGCGAAAUGUGGAGCGCGCCCAGGACAAGAUCAAGGGUUUACUGGAUGACCCGUUGCCUAACUGUCCUACUCCUCCUCCGCCACUGGCCCGGUUCAGCGCCGUUUGGUUUUGGAGCCUGUUGGACAGGGGGGCGCCGCCCCUAUCGGACAGGUACCCGCCUUCAGUGACCCUGGAGGGACUUGCGCGAGAGCUCUCUCGCGUCCUGGACGGGGAGGCAGCGAGCCGAAAGCAAUUUGCCAAGUACGUGACGGCUCUGAGCCAGGAGGUGGGGGAUGUGGCAUCUAGCGUCUGUGGCUGGAACAUGGCUCUUGAGGAGAGUAUCUCGGACAAGAGACACAGACUCAGUACGGCGCGUCGCAAAGCCAGACCCACAUCAUCCUCAUCCUGGUGGCAACGGGUGACAAAAGGUACUGCUGACGAGGUCCAUGUGUUGUUGUGGGAGGACCAGGCCAUGGUCAUCCGCAACGAGAUCGUCAUGUGGAGGCGGCGCAAGGCUAAGGCCAAUCUGCUAUGCAAAACGCUGACCGAGGGAGCAAGCAAGACGGCAAAACUUGUCAAGGCCGUCCAGGACGAGGAGACACAUGUCGGUGAGGUGGCACAGGGGGCCGCCGAUCUCGUGGCUGAGAUCUUGAGCCGCCAGGGGAGUCAGGCAAGCGACGAAGUGCUGCAGCGCUGGAUCAAGACGGCAAGAGACCUGGGCGUCAACUACUUGCAGAGUUUCCGGCUGUAUUAUUCAAAGUGUUAGAUUAUUUGCGAACUCAGUUUAUUGUGGUGCCAUGGCAGCUUAUAUGUCGGUGAGGAG